UACAAGCUAUGAAAUAUUUAGUUUCAUAUAACAUAAUUGUUCUUUACUCAUAUUGAACUCCUUUCAGCAUCAUACAUCAUACGAGCCCGUGACUUCUUUCCUCAACUUAUCUGUUUCUUUACGUUGAUGUCGAUAAAGCGCAAUGAUUUAACAUUUACAGCGCAAUAUACAUUUGGAGUUGUUUUGUAACCUUGUUCUGUUGAAGAAAACUCCGUGGAAAACAAUGGACUUGAGAUACUGUAAAGUCCUACUUAUUACGACUCUCCUGAGCGCAUGUCAGGUUCGUAGUGGCAAAGUAACGCCGUCCAAACAGUCAGGCCUGCAGGUGCUGGAGACAGCUUCACACUACUGGCCUCUGGAUUCAGUGGAAGGGAUCCAUGGUUUUUCGGACAAGAUUGGGAACAGAACAGGUCAUGUAAAGGGGACUAACAUAAACAUCAUAGAAGGAAUGGUGAAUAAGGGCAUCUAUCUGAACGGUGAUAACGGGGCAACCUUCCUUCACUUUGGCAACUAUAAGGACUCCUGCAUAAGCGAUCCUUCUCUGUGUGGACCUGAGGGGAUUACUUUCUCCUUCUUCUGGAAAAACCAUGAUGUAGAGUCUCGUUUUGCGAUUGCAUCCGGAGGUAAAGUUGGCUCCAGCGGUUUCUCUGUCUACUCCAACCCUCAUGGUGGACGUGUGGAGUUCUACACGAGAGGAGAUUCCAAGACGUGGAAAGCAAAGAUCAAACUUCCAGGGCCCUACUGGACACAUGUGCUCUUCACAUGGACCCAAACAGACGGACUAAAGGUCUACAUUAAUGGGACUUUCAGCGUUGGAGACCCCAGAGGAAAUGUUUCCUUUAACUAUGGUGACCCCUUCGCUGACCUAGUUAUUGGUACAGCAAACAACCAGAGAUAUGGCCACUAUGCCACAGGUGCUUUUGAUGAGUUUGUGAUUUGGGAGAGGGCUCUGUCCCCUGGAGAUGUCUGGCUAUACUACAAAGCAGCCAUCGGUGAGGAUGUGUUGUCCACCUUUCCAACUGAAGCAUCCAUCACUGCCUCUUCAGCAAUAUAUAUUCUGGGAACCACGGAGACACCCCAACCUGUUUCCACAAACCCAUCAGAGGAAGUUGAGAGACUUCAUGACCCCAUGCGGUUAGAAGCAUUGGACUUCCUGCAGACCUUUACUCUACCUAACAAGACUAUACAUCAGGAAACAGCCAACAAUCUUACACAGUCCUUACUGAGGAGUGUGGAUGAGGUCAUCACCUCUUCCGACUGGAGAGAUAAUGAUGAGUGGAGUCCAGUGGUCAGUGGGCUAGUAGAGACUGUGGAUAAUGUGAUGUUGCAUAUGGCCUCUAAACUUCAGUCCAGCCCGGACUCAGAGGCUCCUCUGUCCAUAGGAGGCAAGAGCUCUGUGGCAGAUUACUCUCUGAUGAAGAUUCCUCAGAACUACAAUCUGUUCAGCUACCGGUUCCCCACACAAGGGAAGAGUUACAUCUCAGUACCAGGAGAGGCCCUCACAAUGCAGUCUCAGACCACAAUUGUGGGCCUCUUCUACCACAAAAUGCACAACUACUACAAAAAAAUCAGCCCUCUACAAACAAGGAUUAAUGAGGCAGUUGAUUUUAAAGAUCACAAGAUCCAAAUGGCCAGUCAUCUUAUUUCCCUAAAGGUGGAGCCCUCACCUACCCUAUCAAUCAACCUGUCCACAGAACCUCUCAUCAGGAUCGUCCUCACUCACCAGCUGAGUAAAGAGCAGCAGCGUCAGGCCCUAAACCAAAGUAACAAAGUGUUCCUCUACUGCGCUUUCCUGGACUACAGCUCCAAAGAGGGUGUGUGGUCCAAUGAGGGGUGUGUAAGAGCUGAUGGAAACCUGUCCUUCUCUGUCUGCUUGUGUAACCAUCUGACCAACUUCGCCAUUCUUAUGCAGGUGGUUCCUAUGGAGCUCUCAAAGGCCCACCAGGUGGCGCUCUCUACCAUUAGCUACAUCGGCUGCUCUAUCUCCAUUUUCUGCCUGGCAAUUACACUGGUGACCUUUGCUGUGCUGUCGUCUGUUAGCACCAUCCGUAACCAGCGUUACCAUAUUCAUGCCAACUUGGCAUUUGCCAUCUUAGUUGCUCAGAUCCUUCUACUCAUCAGCUUCCGCUUCAACCCUGGCACGCUUCCAUGUAAGAUCCUGGCGGUUUUGCUGCACUUUUUCUUCCUGUGUGCAUUCGCAUGGAUGCUGGUGGAAGGACUGCAUCUUUACAGUAUGGUGGUCAAGGUAUUCGGCUCUGAGGGCAGCAAGCACUUCUACUACUAUGCCAUUGGCUGGGGAUCCCCUUUGGUCAUUUGUGUGGUGUCCAUGACCUCAUCACUAGACAGCUAUGGGGGGAUUGGCAAUUGCUGGCUCUCUCUUAAGAAUGGGGCUAUUUGGGCUUUUGUAGCGCCUGCUCUGUUUGUUAUAAUGGUAAACAUUGGCAUUUUGAUAGCUGUGACACGGAUCAUAUCGAGGAUCAGUGCUGAGAACUAUAAGGUUCAUGGAGACGCCAACUCUGUGAAGCUGACGACGAAAGCAGUGGCGGUACUCUUACCCAUCCUGGGCAUAUCAUGGAUCUUUGGGGUUUUAGCGGUGAAUGAUCACUCCCUGCUUUUCCAGUACACGUUUGCAGUGUUUAACUCACUACAGGGGUUCUUCAUAUUCCUGUUUCACUGUCUGUUAAACUCUGAGGUGAGGGCUGCUUUCAAACACAAAACCCAAGUGUGGACUUUAACCAGCAGCUCUAUCCGCAACAUCAAUGUCAAACCUUUCAACUCAGAUAUUAUGAAUGGCAACAAGGGAAGUGUGACUCCCACAAAGAUGAACACAUGGGACAAAAGCACCAACUCAGCCAACCGCAUAGAUUUGUCAGCAGUAUAAGAGUGAUGGAUCUACAUUUGCUUGUAAGUGGCUACUGAUCCAAAGACAGCAAGAGGACAACGCAGUAGCAUUUCCUGUAGAAUAUGUUUCUUUAUUAUGGCUCUAUAUAAUAUGAAAUAUCAACAGAUUUUCAAAAGACCAAAUGGCGAAAAAGCAAUGAACUCAUGCAGCUCACAACACAAAGUUCUCUGAUAUCAUGUUCUUCUGCUGAUGAUCUCUCUAAAAUGACAAAAGAUGGAUGAAGACACAAGGCCCGUUGUUGGGAAAAAGGAGUUCUUGACGUCUUCUGUGUUUUCUUAUAAUGUGGCCUGCCAAGGAACCUGAAUUAGUUGUACUAACUGAAGACGUACUAACUCUCACGGAAAAGAGAUUCUCAUAAGAUACCUGUACUUUAACAGUGUUUUCUUGCUCUGAUUAUUUGGACCACAUACUAGCCCUGUGCUACAUUUGGACCACUGUUUUGGCCUUCCUUUAAAGGGUCUAUUCAUGAAGUACAAUCUAAAAUUUCCAACUUUAGCGAGAUAGUCUUUGCAAGAGGCUAGAGUGAAAUGGCGCUCAUGCCGCAAUUACAACUUGUAUCAGUUCCUUUUCAUCUGGCACUGCAGCUAUAAUGCAAUUGCUUUUGAUUACUAUUCAGGGGCUAGGGGCUCAUUUUCCAUCCCAGACCUGGAAGAGAAAAACAAUAGAGUAUGUUAUUGUGCAGACAGAAUGACUGAGUUUUUCUUCAUUAGUUUGACCCUUUUCACUUUAUUUUUAUCUAGUAUUGUACAUAACUAGUUUCUUGAUGUAUUUCAUAAAGGCAGAAAAUUUAUGAGAUUAAAUGCUCCAAAGCCAGUAUGCGACACACAGAGCAAAAUGUAUAUGUGAAUGUGCUGUCACAGUCAUACAGUAUUUAUUGGUACCAAGAUGGGUCCGACUAUUACAAUAGUGUGAUAUAUACAUUUUAAAUUAUUGAUGUCAUCAUGUUCCAGCAAGACUUUGACACUGCCUGAAAGACAUUCCUUUUGCGUUAUUGGAAAUUGGAAUACCAAUACUUAAUCAGCUGUUGUUUCUGACUUCAUAGAAGGUCCAUAUGCAAUCUUCAGACUUUUUUGCAUUUGCUGCAGUAUGCAGUAUUCAUUUUUUCUGUUGAAUGGAUUUAAACAUACUGAAAUGUGUUAAACAGAGCUGGGAGUAUUGCACUCUUAUUGAUGAAAUUAUCAAAUUAGGCAAAAUAUUUAAUAAACGAACACACAAGCGGUGGGAGAUGUGUGGAUCUUGCGAGAAUGACGUGUUUUCCAGAGCUUUUUGUGUGGAUGUCAUGUAUGCUUGCUUAUGGCUGGGGGUUUGUUGCUACGGGAACUUUGGUUUAUCACCAGCAGUUCAAGUCCCCACUAAAAGAUCACAAAAAAAUGAGUAAUUUAAAAGGAGAACAGGGUAGAGAUUUUCUCCCAAAUGAAUAUUUAAAGGCCAAAUGCACUUGUCCAAUUGUUAUUCAUUUUGAGAAAUAAUUGUUUUUAUGUUUAAUUGUUUUAAUCACAGGACUUUUGAUUAUAUUUAUGUUUAACCCACUCAUGUGAUAUAUAUAUUUUUUUUCCUCUGUAAAAAAUGGUGACAUGGUUAUUCUGGCCUCAAGUUAUUUGUAGCAGGGGGAUAAUUUUUCAACAGUUAUGAUUGGACUUUUUGCAUCAGCAUAAUUUCAGCACACAAAUGGCCUUAGCAGUGUACUGAGAUGAUGUUUAAAUAGAAAUUGCCUUUAUAGAUCUCAGGCACUUCCUCUUUUAAAAAAAGUUCAGUAAAGAGUGUUGUUCCUAAUUUUUAUAAUGUGAGGACACUUUCUGUGAAGUUUUUAUUCUCUUAAUUCUGUUCUAUUGAUUUCUAUUCUGUUUUAUCAUUCAAAUGAGGUCUGUUUUACACAUUUAAUAUGCUAAAGCACAGCCUUUAUUAAGGUCUAAAAAAACAUAUAGCAUACAUGGGUUGUACAUAUUUUUAAGUCCUUUAUUCCUACAUGUCAGUGUCAUAAGAGUUUCAUUAAGAUCUGAAUACUAAUGGGCACUUUUAAUUUCUCACAUCAUUUUGCAUGAUAUGAAACUCCUAACAUCCAGAUCACAUAUCAAACAUAACAUGAUCCUGACUACUUAUUCACAAUGAGGACAGAGGUAUGCAAUGGACGUUGAUUUGCUUUUUACUUCUGUUCUCUGCUUAUGUGUUACACUGUGAAUCCUUCAUUAGGAUUUACUAUAAAACAAUUUAAAAAAAAAAAGGAUUUCUAAAGAAAUGGACAGUUGUCAGAAUGAAAAAUAUAUACAGAGACCGGGUGGACAGAACAAGAUUCUCAUUAUGUUUUGUUAACUUUUGCCAAGACGGGAUUGGACAGAAUGACGUUUGUCCUCCAGGAGAUGUCAUCAUGGCGCAUCAUAGUUAGUGAUACCCCUGUUCACACAUUUAAAAUGUCUUAACCGGUCAAUGUCUCAUGGCAAUAUUCACACAGGCUGACAUUUUUUUUUUUUUGGACACAGUCACUCAAAUUCGUUUAGGUUUUUGUAGUCUGAACUGGACAA